GAAACAAGCAUUUGCGAAAAAGUAAUUUUACAAUUCAACGCAUAAAAAUACAAUUAUCGAAAUUAUAAUUUAUAUCGGAAUUAACAUACAAUUAUAAAGAUGGAUAAAAGUAAAGAAAAAGAGGAACAAAGCAUCAUGGAUAAAUCCAUGAGAUCUGUUUUCGUGGGUAAUAUACCAUACGAAGCCACAGAAGAGAAAUUAAAGGACAUAUUCAGUGAAGUAGGACCCGUCUUGUCUUUCAAACUUGUCUUCGAUCGCGAAACCGGUAAACCCAAAGGUUAUGGGUUUUGUGAAUAUAAAGACCAGGAAACGGCUUUGAGUGCCAUGAGAAAUCUCAAUGGAUACGAAAUUGGUGGUCGUUCGUUAAGAGUAGAUAAUGCUUGUACAGAGAAAUCGCGAAUGGAAAUGCAAGCUCUAAUGCAAGGACCUCAGGUAGAAAAUCCUUAUGGUGAUCCAGUAGAACCUGAAAAAGCACCUGAAGCAAUCAGUAAAGCUGUGGCGACAUUGCCUCCAGAACAGAUGUUUGAACUGAUGAAGCAAAUGAAACUUUGUAUUCAGAAUAAUCCUAAUGAAGCUCGAAACAUGCUUUUACAAAAUCCGCAACUGGCAUACGCGCUGCUACAGGCACAGGUCAUAAUGAGAAUUGUCGAUCCAGCCACUGCAGUUACAAUGCUUCAUCCAAGUAACCCUGUACCUCCAAUCUUACUACCGGGUGAUAAACCAGCCCAAACGAAUACUUAUAUACCAUCCAAUCCACCACCAGCACAACCACCGAUACACAAUAAUCCCGGACCGCCACCCAACCAGUACAACAAUUCCCGUCCGUCCAUGGAUGUGGAUCUUCGCGGGUCGCGAGCUCCCGGUCCCGCGGCGCCCCCUAACGCCAUGCCCGCGCUGCUCGACCAGGACAUGCGCAGUCUGCCGCCGGUCGCCCCGCACCCGGUACCGCCGCCGAUGCAUCAUCCCCAAGAUCCUUUGAUCCUCUUUGUGGAGACGACAGAAGAUAGUUACCCGAGAGAUCCACGUUUGGCCAAUGCUCCACCGUACAACCCGGAUCCGAGGGUGCGUUCAAGCGAUCCACGAAACCAGCAGAAACCGCCACAACAAAUGCCUCCUGGCAUGCCGAGCGCUGCACAGGCUAGGAACAUUCAAGGUAUUCCAUCGGGUGCUUCUGAUCAAGAGAAGGCCGCCUUGAUAAUGCAAGUGCUGCAGUUAUCCGACGAACAGAUCGCUUUGUUACCGCCCGAACAACGCGCCAGUAUACUCCUGCUGAAAGAACAAAUCGCGAAGAGCACACAGCAGCGUUAGAAAUAAGAAUCGAGCGAAUCGUUUUCUCUGUAAUUCGUGUAAUCUGUAAUCUUUAA